AAUGUCUGUGUUGAUGUAACAGGGAGUUUGAAAUUGUUUACGGUGUUCAAAGUAAGCCCAAAGAUGAGUGCGGUCUUCUUUCUCCCUUCCUUUCCUUCCCAACCUGAACGUGUGCGCUUCACUUUGUUUGUAACCCCGCCUUGGGCGACCGCGCGGCGGCCAACUAUAUGACCGAACCCACUCCCCCUCCCAUACCGAAUAAACUGCAAGCUCUUUGCUUUCUUUUCACAAUCUCCAGGCUAACAACUAUGUGGCGAGAACAGGACUGCUUGUCACCCUCUGCUCGCAGAAUAGGAGAGCGUAACCCCAGCGUUCCGUUCGGGAGCGCUCCCAGCGCACCUCGGUGGCCGCCCAAGAGCUUCCUAUCGGCCAGACCACCCAUAUACUCUUCUUCUUAUUCGAGCUUCGGUGCUGGUGCACCGGAGAUAGGUUCAUCACAGAAGAUCGCAGUCAGACGUACGAAAGAGACGUACACUAGGACACCAUGUCGGCUGUGCCGUCCCUGUUGAAUGACACCGCAUCCCAGUCAGCAUCCUCAUCCGACAUGUCCCUUGACACGCGGUGGGCAUCCGAUCUUGCAGGCCAUGCGCUCUUGGUAGAUGAUGGAACGGGGGCUCUCAUCGACCCGGCUCGCGAUGACAGUCACGAUCGUCACUAUUCCUACCUCUGCCUGUUCCACAUCCUUGACUGCCACAUCGCAUUCGACAAUGCGCACGACUGGCGAACUCACGUCCUGAGCCAUUUCCGGACCCAUGCGCCGCCCAAGACGGCUCGCUGCCCCCUGUGCACCGGAGAGGGGGCAAGAUUCCACGACACGGCCGAUUUGGGGGCCUGGGACGCUAUGAUCGACCACGUGGAUUCGGCCCACUACCAACAAGGCCAGUCCCUCGCCGGCAGCCGGCCCGACUUCGAGCUGAUGCAGUACCUCUAUGGGCUGCGGAUCAUCAGCGUGGACCAGUUCAAGGCGAUGCAAUUGCCCCCUUCGCCGUCGAGUCCAGCGUACCACCAGUCGCACAAAUCGGUCCGGGCAAAUAUCGGCUCGUCCGACGAGCCGUACUGCGCGCCGUACAGUCGGCGCCGAGAAGAGCGGAUGCGCAGACAGCGGCGAGGGGUGAGUGUGGUUUGAAUUCUAUUAGAUGUGUCGAUUAAGUUGGUGAGGCGACCGGCGAGCUUUUCUCAUAUCCUCGCACUCGGGUUUCUAUCCAGGCUUUAUGGUCCCUGCCUUGCUUUGAGCGCUUUUGUAGAUGUUUCUCUUAGCUGUUCUCUCAUGGCUUGUCUUCAGCGUACUGUGGUCUUCGGUCACGCCGAGUUUUGUUCUCAGGACGGGCUAUUUAUCAUGCUGUCAGCUGAAACAGAUUGAGCUUUCCAUCAGC